GUGGUGCCCACCGUGACGGUCGUGGUCUACUUCAACUCGGUCGGAGGAAUUUGCUUUCCCAAUGCUUCCAAGGAGUCGGCCUCAGAAAUUCAAUUGUCGGCGAUACUGUCGCAGGUAGUAUGGUGUGGCUCCUACCGUCCACCCGAGGACAAGCCGAAGCGGAUUCUUGUCAUGGGCAUCCUCGCGAAUCAGACGCCUCAGUUCUCUCCUGGGUCAGAACCCAAGGCCCUGACGAGGAGUUUGCUCUACUGCGCUGGCACAGAAGCUGACCCUCUCCGCCACGAGCAGGAGGAUUCUCGCGAUUCGGUAAUGGAGCAGUUAAAGUGGAAGCCACCGCCAGUGCAGAAGGAGCCCGUGGAGGAUCUGAAGACCUUGUCACCCAUGGCGAUGAAGGCACUUCAAGUUCUUCCCCAUGUGUGGGUGGUGGAUGAGGCUGUUCCCGAGUCGCUGCUGGAUCAUGUGGACAAGGCCUUUGCCACGGAUAGCCGAAGCACUACCACAAAGGAGGAGUAUCAUGGUAGGCCCCUCACAUCGCGCAGCAUCGAGUUCGAGAUGGAUGAAACGUCUAGGCCUUUCUUCGGGAUGAUCGCGCGCUGCUGGGGUUUACGCUUGGAGGAGCCCUUCAAGAAGUUCAUGGUCUCCGAUAUUUGGGGAGCUGGACAGUCUGCGCAUGUGGACCACAUAAACCUGGAUGACCUGGAGGGCCGAAACUGGACUUUCCUGGACCUGGACCUCCAAAGCUCCGACCCCCGAAACCCGAAAAAGGUGGUGCCCGCCGUGACCGUCGUGGUCUACUUCAACUCUGUGGGAGGAAUCUGUUUUCCCAAUGCCUCUCAGGAGGUGGGUACCAUUGCGGCGAGGCGUGGUCGGGUGGUGAUGUUCGAGAACUACCUGGAGGACUGCCAGAGGCCGACGCACAAUCCCGCGGCCGCGCACUACGGCCUUUAUUUCCAGGACAAGCCGAAGCGGAUUCUUGUCAUGGGCAUCCUCGCGAAUCAGACGCCUCAGUUCUCUCCUGGGUCAGAACCCAAGGCCCUGACGAGGAGUUUGCUCUACUGCGCUGGCACAGAAGCUGACCCUCUCCGCCACGAGAAUCCUUCGUACGAUGUCUACUACAGCCCAGAGGAGCGCAGGGAGAGGGCCGCUGAUCGAAGCGCUGAGAUCGCCCGCGGCUGGGCGGCCGCGAAGCCAGUGGAGAAGGAAACCGUGGAGGAGGAGCCAACACUUGGGCAGAGGGAGCCCGACUGGAUCGUGGAGGAAGCGCAAGCGCCAAAGCGCUGUCGUUGCUGGGUUUUUGGAAGAUGA